AUGAACAAUUUGAUCGAAGGGAUUGAUAACGUUGAAAAUGAAAUUUCCGAUACGUAUUUAUUACGAAAUAUCGAAAAUUCUGGCUCCAGCCUCGUCGAAUCGCUCGAAAAAAACGUCGAAAUUCUUCGACUGGAAGCCUAUCAAGCAAAAAACAUUGACUCACAACUGGAAGCGAAGCUACGUUACUUCAACGAAUUGUCAAAUAACCUUACGUCCAAACUUUAUUCUCUCAUCGCGUUGUCGGAUCUCGGAAUUGGCAACAGAGAAGAAAUCAAAGAUUUCGUUGAGCAAAUAACGUUAUCUUGGGUUCAUGCGAACAAAGAAUUUCAAUUGAUGGAAUUUCAGGUGGUGAAAGAAUAUGCUGCUAUCCGUGUAGCGAGUCGAACAGCGACUGGCAUACCAUUGACAAACGUACUCAAAAGAAUCAAGAAAGAAGCUGCUUCAGUAAAAGUAUCUUUGCAAAUAGGAUCGGUAAUCUAUGAUCAGGACUACGUAUCUCGAGGUUACAAAAUUCAUGAAGAAAUUGUACAGAUUUUGGACAGUUUAGAGCAUUGCGAUGACAAGGUCCAACAAUUUCUUGUGAUCUGCAAAACGACUCCAUAUCUCGUUGAGCUUUCGAGUACCGUUGAUGGAUUUGUGACGAACACAGAACUUUUGCUACCGACGAGGAAAUCUCACGAAAAACCAGAAGAUCUCCGAGCUUUCAAUUUUGUCAUAAAGUUAUUGACAGGUGAAUUGUUGGGCGAAGAAACGACGAAUCCGAAACAGAUACUAAUCGAAAAUGCCCCGAAAAAACCUGUUUUUAUAACCUUAAAUAAUAAACGAAAAAUGAACAUACCGAAAAUUUCGGGGAACAAACUUUUUCGCAGUUCCACUUUUCCACCAAUUUCAUUUAAAACCGUAUAAUUUUCAUGGAUUCAUUACCUUCUUCCAAUUGUAUUGAAAGAAUAAACAAAAUUAUAUUAAAAUGACAUUAAGUCAACUGUUGGA